AUGGAUUCUGUCGGCAUGCUUGCCUUUUUUGCUCAAACUUGGAUGAUCCUGUCCGACGCAACCUGUACCACCUUUUCUUUUGCUGCUCAAAUUUGGGCUCACAGAAGGAAUAGCACAACAACCGUCACUCUUUGUUCAUUCAUGCACUCGGCCAAUCCUCGUUUGCACCACCGCCGUAUCUGCCAUAAUAGAGUCACAAAAUUGUAUCAUUUGCAUGCCACUGGUACUAUUGGUCAUUCUCCACGUCAGUGUCGACAUUUCUCAAUAUUCCAUUCCAAAUCCUUACGAGAUAACAUUGCGAGCAGGCGGGCUUCAGCUUCUUUUCUGGGUUUUAUGUUUUCUUCCGCCCCGAUGACUCCCCCGGUCCCGGUAUCAAUUUCGGCCUGCCUAGCAACGGCAGUAGACGUACUCAUCCCCGUGGCACUUGUGUGGCAGCUCCAUGCAAUCGGCCCUGUUUGUCUUGAGAGGUCAUACGGACGAAGGUUAAUCAACGCGAUCUCCGCUGGCUGCCUCGGUGGCGUGCUGAGCAUUAUCCUCAUCAUCCUCUUUUGGACGCAACGAAACGUAUAUGCUGGUGCCGUUUUUCCACUGGGAGGGGUACAUUGCAUUACCGUCCUGGUGAACCUUGUGGUUUGCAAAAGAAGAAGCACGAUGGUUGGCUUCCCACCGGCGCCGAAGUCCCCUGAAUUAGAUGUGGAAAUCGUUCUGGAAUCUGCUCCGGGGAAGCGGUCGAUUAGUCCUCGAAUAGUAGACACUUUUGUGAGCCGUCAAGCUUUCUUUGUGGAUGUCGAAAGGAAAUCCACACAAGAUACAAAGAUUGGAUAUGGGGAAUCCUUAGAAGGAACGUUCUCACCGGUUGCGCUGUAG